AACUCUAAAAACUGGAGUGCAGUGGGAAAAAGAAGAUCAGAAGAGGGAAAAAGAUGGAUAAUGGUAAUGAAGGGGAAGAAGCAGUGCAGAAGAUAAGAAUAAUGUUAGUGUGUGGUAAUGGGAAGGGUUCAAGAAGAGGGUCAUCAUCAUCAUCAUCAUCAUCUUCUAGUUUUUGUCAAGCAGAUGAAUGUGAUGUGAACUUGAACAUGGCAAAGAGUUACAACCGCCGACACAAGGUUUGUGAGAGACAUUCUAAGGCUCCUGUUGUUUUAGUUUCUAGCAUUCGUCAGAGGUUCUGCCAACAAUGUAGCAAGUUCCAUGAACUUGCAGAAUUUGAUGAGACCAAAAGAAGUUGCAGGAAAACAUUGGCUGAGCAUAAUGAACGUAGAAGAAAAACUCGCACAGAAAUGUCCUUAGGAGAUGAUUAACAUGUUCAUCUCAAGUGACUAACCGCUUGCUGUUACCAAUUUUAAGCUUAUAAUUUUCUGGAGUUGUUCUUGUACCAGAGCCUACUUUUCACUUAGGACAACAUAGAACAUUGUUUAGUUUGAAUGAUGCAAAUUGGUUUUGAAAAAUGGGCAAUGAUUGGAUUUGUCACUAUAUUUCUCUAGAAUUAACUAGGUCUUGUUACUCAG